CUUCCAUAUCCGGACUUGUCACGUGUCAAAACAAACGUGAAAAAGUGUUCCUGCCUUAAGUUUGGUCCUCCGUGCUCUGUGUUUAGCUGUGCAUUGUCUACUAGCCAAUAUUCAGAUACAUGCUACAGCUGUAGUAGUUAACUUCAGACACGUUCAUUAGAAUAAACUUUCUCUGUUGCCGUUAGUAACGGUGGAUAUUAACAGGAGUGUUACUCGUCCUCAGGAUCAAUGGCGUUCUGUGUAACUGAGUGGCUAACUUCUUGUUCCAACAUCAUUUUGUCUGCCACAGCACUGUACUCUUCUUACAGACUAUUUAAGGAUCACAGGGCUCCUUCAGUAGGUCUCUUCCUGCUUGGACUCUCUACAGCACUUUGCAUCUUGCAUCCCUCCAGCUCAUACCUUACCUCUAUCCAGAGAGAAGCAGAGUGGGCUGGCGAGGUUCUGGCUCCGGCGUUGGUCGCCUUCGACUUCCUUUGGCUCAGUGAAGACCACAACACGGCACAUAUUCUCCUGUGUGGCUCCUGUCUGCUGCUGGGACUGUGUGACUGGCUCUCAGCAGAUUCUCUCACAAUGAUGACACGCUGCCUGGGUGUGUCUUCCCUGUCCUGCUGCCUGACUGUGUGUCUGUUUGCCGGUAAUGCUUUAGGGGCCUUGGGCGGUGUGGCCCUCAGCCUCCCAUUGCUUGUGGCUCAAAGGGACGGAACAAACACUUUUGAUGCACUAAUUUCUCUAGCUGCAACUGAGGGACUCAGCAAAUGGCUUUUGAAAGGUUCCAUGUCUGUUGGCUGUUGGGCCUCCACACGGGCCCUCAGCAAGUUUCUGUUGGAUGUGACUGACCAACGUAACAUAAGCAUUUAGUAAAUCAGUAGAGAUCUGUAUGAUUAGUCAGGAUCUGUGUAUAUUUAUGGACUGCCAAGUGGUACCAAGUGACAAAUUGGACGUAUGCAAAAAUGAAUGUUUCUAACUUAGGACAUUUGUGAGGAAGAGUUGAGUUAACUUUAUUGUCAUUUCCAUUACAACAAAAGUUGUUAUGAAUUUGCCUUUUUGAGCUCAUAGUGCAACAGAACAGACAUUCAACACAAUAAUAAUAAUAAUAUAUUAAUAAUCAUAUAUAAGAACAUAUUAAAAUGCACAAAUUUAGUAGUCAAUCGACAGGAAAUAAAAUGGAAACAGUUUUGAUAAUGGCUUAACUGAGCAAUUAUUAAUUAUCGAGCAAAAAUGCCACACGAUAGCUGUUUCCAGCUUCUCAAAUGUGGGAAUUUGCUGCUUUCCUCUUUGUUAUGUCAUUAUGAAAUGAUGAAAUAUAAUUGGGUUAAAGUCUGUUCUGACAAAACAAGCAAUUUGAAGACUUCACCUUGGGCUCUGGAAAAUGACUUUUUAACUAUUUUGUGAUGCCUUAUAGAUGAAAUGAUUAAUUGAUAAAUCUAAAAAACUAUCGAUAGAUAGAUAGAUAGAGAAAAAAUUGUUAGUUGAAGCACUAGUUCCUAAAUUGGAGGCCACAUGCACUAAAGUAUAACAUGCUUUUACAUAUGGAUGUUUAGGGACAGAAUACAAGCAAUUAUUAUUGAGCAAAACAAUUAGGGCUGAGGUACAUGGAAAAAUGAAUAUAUUGAUAACUGAUUUUCAUAUGUAUCCCGCUUUGUGUUUGAAAGUGAAAAAAACAAGUCAAAUCUUCUGCAUGGUUAUGUAAAGUCAAACUGGAGCUGGAAUUUCCAAGUAUUUCAGAAAUCAUUCAGAAAUCUGAUGUAAUUUCUUUGUAGUGCCAAUUAAGUCCCACAUUGGGUGUUUUACUGGAAUUUACAGUAGCUGCUAACAAAGACCUUGCCUGAACUUCAUAUGAACUUUAUUUAAAUAAAAGAACAGGAUUAGACAAAACACAGAUACCACUAAACUAAUUUGCAUGAGAGUACGUGACUACAAUUUACAACUUAUUCUGCAUCACCAUGGUGCAACAGUAAUCUCUUUACAUCUUGGAAUUGCCUGGGUGACAUUUAUUAAGCUAUUCAUUUUAACUAUGAUGUAGCCAGCAUAUUGGGUUUUUCAUUUCUUAUGUGAUCAUUUCCAAGAAUGUCUAGCUGGCUGUACUUAAUCCGAGGCCAUUGACAUCCUGCACACCUUCUCUCUGCUAACAGUUUUAGUGUUGUAGAUUCCAAAAACAUCCAGCUGCCUCAGAGUCUGGGUCCUAUUUGUUCUGCAGCCUCAGCAGUAUCACUGUUUAAGUAUCUGCAGUGGUCUAAGCUCUUGGCCCCGCUCUUACCUCAUCAUGCCCAUUUGAUACUUAUCGCUGCACUUUUUUUAUUACUUCCUUGGUUUUUAGUGGCUGUAAUGGUAACAGAAAUGACCUCAUCUGUUUAACUCACUGUCACUUAAAUGAGGUCUGCAUUACUUUAUUUGUCCACACAGUGUUGUCCUUGCAAGAUAUUAAUAUUCUUUACAGAGAUGUGUAGUGGACACUGCAGAUUCUCUCUCAGGAUUUCAGAGUUGUGAGCAGCUGCCUCAGCAGUUUUGCUGCAGUGUACGUGAUCCAAGAAUCUGCGGCUCCAUGCCUGUCUGUCUGUCAAUACCUUUGGUCAGACCCCAGGGCACAAGUGACCAGGGAUGUUUUUAAGGUGUUCAAUGAAUUCGAAACGUUUGUGAGUUUGGGAAGCGAAAUUGAUCAUGAUAAUUGUACUGCCUGUGCUUUUUUGUUCUGAUUCAACAUUCAGUUCACGUCUUUUUUGUCACAUGUUGUACUUUUAUUUAUUAUUUUAUUGCUUUUUCUUAACAAAAAAAUGUUAAUAUUCACUAAAGGAAGAUAAAGUUAACAGUCUGCAGUUUCUGAUCUUUAUGAGCACCUGGAUCUUGAAACAUCUCAUCUACCUCUGUCUCUGGCUGCUGGUAUCAGAAUAACCGCCCCCCCAAUCGGUCUCCAUACUGUAUCAGUCAUUUCCACCACUGCAGCGGAUCAGGAAACUGCACUGAGCAUGCUCGCCGCAGAUGCAGCCUGUAGAUGGAGCAAAGUGGAGAGGAGGAGAUGGAGGAGAAAGGGGAGGAGAGAAAACGGCAGAGAGGGAGUCACACAGGAGCUGCACAAAGCGCUGGGAUGCUGUUGCAGCUCUGAGAACAAUGGCUGCCUGGGAAGACUUCCAAUUGACAAUACAGAUGGAGCGUGAAAGGGGGAUACAAAUGAUUGGAAUGUCAGAUUGUCAUCACCAAAGAGGAGACGAUAUGUGAUAAGGGACUCUUGGACAGCGUGGAGAUGUACGCCUUCUACUCCCUUUUAGUCUACAUCUUUUACACUGUCUUUAAGAAGGAGGAGGAGGAAGCCUUGGAGGGGACGUGUGGAGCUUCCUCAGACGAGCCAGGACCUGUUUCCAUGGAAACAGGGAGCAGGAGGAGAGAUGGCCACACCUCCAAAAUGGGAAAAAAGGAUUGUGCUCGGCUUAGUGAGUCAAGCAGUAGCAGUGACAGUGAUGAAAUGUCUCAGAGUGAUGAAGAUGAGAAAGAUGGCCCUGACAUCCCAGCAUGCACUCCUCUGGCUGCCUUUUUGUCCUUCAAGCAGGAGGCUGAGAAGAGGAGGGCAUCACAAGUUCAACUGGAAACAACAGGAAAGUUGUCAGAAUCUCCCCUGGUGGCGGUGAUGUCCCACUUGCUGACUUUUCUGGAGCAGUACUCCCACUUCCAGCAGCUGCAGCAGCAGGCUGACCAGUACCGGGUCCAGCUGAAGAGGCACCGCGUCCAGCACCGCCGCCAGAUGAAGGCCCUGAGAGCGUCCUACAGGCAGCACCUCAGGGACAAGAACAGCAUAAUCUGCAGCCUGGAGGAGGCCAUCAGCCAGACCCCCAGUCCACUGAGCGAAGGUGAGUCCAGCAGUGAUGCAGGGACGCAAGCUGGGGUUCACAGGCUGGUUGAGUCUCUGUACGGUCUGCAGGGUGAGAGGAGUAAGCUGAGAGGAGAACUCCGUCUGCUGCACUCACAGCUGGAGCAGAAGGACAGAGACAGACACACUCGCAUACAGGCCUUUCAACAGCAGAUUGAUGAGCUUAAGAGUUGCAUAGAGGAGCGCGAGGAGGAGCUGUCAAGACUGAGAACAGCCACCGGGGCGACAGACUCAGAGAAGCGGGUGCUGUGUCUGUCAGCAGAGAACGAGAGUCUGAAACAGAACCUGAGCGUUACCCAAGGCCUCCUGCAGCAGCUGUCAACCAUUCCCUCCCAGUCCAGCACCAUGCUCAUCAAGGAGAACGAAAACCUCCGCAGCAGAGUGCAGCAGCUGGAGAUGUCCCUACAGCAGCGUGCUGACCAGCUGUCACACCUGGAGCGACAAAGCGAACAAAGCGAGUGGAGGAGAGGAGAAGAGCUGAGGAAACGAGAGGACCGAGUGAGGGAGCUGCAGCUUGAGUUGGACAGAGAGAGAGGCAAGGAGCCAGUAGUGAAGUAUGUCACCCAGACUGUGGAGGUGGAAUCACCUGCCACAUUAAAGCAUCUGACUAAAGCCAGACAGAGGAAUGAACUGCUGUCUGAAAAGCUGUCCAAUCAGACUGAGCGGUGCAAACAGCUGGAGGAACAAAUCAGGAAGUCCGAUGAAUACAGCUGUAAUCUGCAGCACAAGAUUGCAGCGUAUGAAAGAGAAAUCAGUAAACUGAGAGAGGAGCUGCUGAAAGAGAUUGGCCACUUGGAGGAGAGGAAGGAGGAAGCUGUGAAGGCUGCCGCCAACUGCUCGGCCGAGCACUUUCAGAAUCUGCAGCAUCAAUUCUUCAGCUUGCAGAAGCGUCUGACAGCACUCCCUCCAACUUUACGCUCCAUGAAGACAGACUACACCAGUUUGAGGAGCCAGGUUCGAAACUUCUCAGACUUUUACGGAGCUGCUAUCAAUGAAGCAAAAAAACAGAUUUCAGCAGCUAUCAGUGAGAUGUCUGAAGCUAACAAGGAUCUUCUGGAGAAAUAUAGGAAGGAGGUCGCACUGCGCAGGAAGUACCACGAGCAGCUGGUGGAGCUUAAAGGCAACAUCCGCGUGCUGUGUCGUGUGAAGCCUGUGCUGAAGGAGGACCAGCAUGAGGAGGGCCAGUCUGUGGUGGUGACGACAGACACCAACAACGAGUCCUCGCUCAAUGUGCUGAACAAAGGAAAGGGUCGCAUCUUUGAACUGGACAAGGUCUUCCACCCUCAGGCCACACAGGAAGAGGUUUUUCAAGAGAUUGAGCCUCUUGUGACGUCCUGCAUCGAUGGCUAUCAUGUCUGCAUAUUUGCCUAUGGACAGACGGGCUCUGGAAAAACUUACACAAUGGAGGGCAGUGUGGAGAACCCAGGCAUCAACCAGCGAGCCCUGAAACAUCUCUUCAGUGAGAUCGAGGAGAGGAAGGACAUGUGGUCUUACACUGUCACUGUCAGCUCUGUGGAGAUCUACAACGAGGUGCUAAGAGACUUGCUGAGUAAGGACGGAGAGAAACUGGACAUAAAGAUCAACCCGGAUGGAACAGGACAGCUACAUGUGCCAGGCCUCAGGGUCAUUGAGGUUAAGAGCUUUCAGCACAUCAAGAAGAUUUUAGCCAUAGCCCGAAGGAACAGGAUCACCUUCGGCACUCAGAUGAACCAGCACAGCUCCCGCUCCCACGCACUGCUCUGUAUCACCGUUCAGGGCACUGACCUCGCCACCGGGUCCAAAACCACAGGCAAGUUGAACCUGGUGGACCUGGCUGGCUCAGAGAGGGUAUGGAAGUCAGGUGCAGAGGGAGAGAGGCUGAAAGAGGCCCAGAAUAUCAACCGCUCCCUACUGGCUUUGGGGGAUGUCAUUCAGGCACUGAGAGCUCGGCAGACUCAUAUCCCUUUCAGGAACUCGCGCCUUACGUACUUAUUACAAGACUCCCUGGGCAAAGGCAGCAAGACUGUCAUGGUGGUGCAGGUGUCUGCUCUGGAGAGCAAUGUGGGAGAGACAUUGUGCUCACUGAAGUUUGCUCAGAGGGUGUGCAAGGUGGAACUGGGUCCUGCAGCCAGGAAGAUUGAAUCUGGUGGGGGACAGUGCGACUGACAGUCUUGAAUCAGCCACUUCUUGUUCCCACCUGGAAGCCAUGAAUCCACCAGUCAGAUUAUCACCCACCCUACCAACCAAUCAUCACACUACACUACAGUUUCAACAAGAUUAACAGCAAUCCUGCUCAAGGGCUAAAUCUGUGGAGGUCUGUGUGGCACCCGAAUCCCAACCAUUGACUGAGGUUAGGUAUUGAGGAUAUUGGCCUCCUCCUUGCCAUUUUCUGCUUCUUUCAAGUGUUAACCAUUUAUCAUUAGAUAAUCUGCAUGCAGGGAUAUUUAUUCUUCCACUUUGAGUGCCAAAUCAUCCUCUGACUGCCCCACGGUGUAAAAUUUGAUGCUUCCUUGAACUACAAUAUCUCAAGUUUCCUUUUAUUACAUACCAAAAUCCAGGAUUUAUCUUAUCAGCCUCUUGAGGCUUUUCUCGCUGAUCACAGUAUUUAGAGCAGCGUCAUGUUCAAACAGGUUCAAAAACUUUCCAGAGCCACAAUAUCAACACUUUUCCAUAUUAAUCAUCUUGCUAUAAAUAUCUAUGUCGUUUGUGAGCUUCAUUUCCAAUGUUGUAUAAUUUUGAAGGCGGUAGUGUGUAGGAGAAUCUGUUUUGUAGCAAAGGUAUGGGCUAUUAACCAUUUCAAUGACACUUAUGUCACACAUUAGUGUAGUUUUUGUGAACUUCAGAAGAGCAGUGACUGAAUGCUUUCUGUUUCUCUAGAGAAUAAUAAUUUGCCUUUUGAGAAGAGAAAAGCUGUUGAAGGGAGCAGGUGGCCUUACAUAAAGAGUGGUAAUAUAAUGAACAGUGCAAUAUCUUCCUUAUCGAGGAGACAGUUUGGGCCUACGUAGACAGAAGAUGCACUUUAUUGUGAAAGGAGCGUUUCAGUUUAGAACAUGUAUUUAGGUGCUUGCAAUAGAUAUCACAUGUGAAUGUCUUACCAAAAACAGCUUAUUAUCUGUUCAUCAUUGUCCCUGUAUUUAUCACCCAUUGAAUCAAAACUAACUUUUGAUUCAAGUGUAGCAAAACAUUAAUGUUGCAGUAACUACGAUAGAGGUCAUAGGUCACUUCAUGAUGAUUAGACAGUGAAUUUUCAGAUAAUUUUCUGAAUAAAUAUGAUGUAUUUAAAAA